AUGGUUCGCAUUCCCACUUUCCUGGGCUUCCUGGCCCACGGCCUCACCUUGGCCGCUGCGCUUCCUGUCGUGUCUCAUGAUACCAACCGCCUUGAUUUCUUUUGCGUUGACAAUUUAACCAAGCACCGCGCCUGGGACGGGUUGAGCUGGCGUGCAUGGGAAUCCCUCGGGGCUGUCCAUCACACCAUUCCCGCGGCCGUAUCCUGGGGCCCGAACCGCAUCGAUCUCUUCACGCAGGGCUCUGACUCGGCUCUCUGGCAUUCUUGGUGGGACGGCACCCGCUGGGCCGGGUGGGAGUCACUCGGCUGUGUCAUCCAGUCGCCGCCCUCGGCGGUUGCAUGGGGUGCCAAUCGGCUCGACGUCUUCGCCAAUAAACAACCCGGGCAUCGCUGGUGGGACGGGACGCGCUGGGGCGGCUGGGAAUCUCUUGGCGGUUCGGUCAAGCCCGGCACCGUCUCGGCCGUGUCGUGGGGUCCCAACCGCAUCGACCUGUUCGCCGUUGGCCAGGACCACGCGCUGUGGCAUCGCUGGUGGGACGGCGCCCGCUGGGGAGGCUGGGAGUCGCUGGGCGGGGUGCUCCAGUCGGAUCCCGUCGCGGUUUCAUGGAACGCCAACAGGAUCGACGUGUUCGCGGCCGGGACCGACCAUGCGCUGUGGCAUCGCUGGUGGGACGGCAGCCGAUGGGGUGGGUGGGAGUCGUUGGGAGGUGUGAUCGAGUCGAUUCCCUCGGUUGUGUCGGACCAGGCCAACCGGUUGGAUGUCUAUGCUGUCGGAACCGACAGCGCGGUUUGGCAUCGCGGAUGGGAUGGGACCCGGUGGAAUGCGUGGGAGUCUGUUGGUGCUAACGUGGUGUGGCAGCCUUCUGCCGUGAGUUGGGGCCCGGGCCGUGCGGACGUCUUUGCCGUCGGACUUGACUAUGCGGUUUGGCACAACUGGUGA